AAUCGAAACCAUACCCGAGGAAACGAAGGAAAACGAAACAGUUUGGUUGGCCAACCAAAACCAUUCCUGGAAAUUGUAGACUAGUAGAUGUGAUCGAUCAAAAUGUGAAAUUGACUUUUUUAUAUAUAUAUUCCUUAAGAGCAUAACAUUUAUUAUGCGAUUUUACUUUUUGUUUGUUUGGCAACGUUUUCUUGUCCAACAGAUGUCGCUAUAAGAUGUAGAUUUUUUAAUCACGUGGUUUCAAACGAUGCCGACAGGAGGGAAGACAGAUUGCUGUACGAAAUCGCAAGUUUAGAGUGAGCGAGAGCUAUGUCUUGUCAUUUGAGGUGUAUUUGAGUUCUUGGUCAGCCUUUUUGUACGUUAUGCAUUCAAUAUGAGCUCUUUUGCUGGACGCAUGAAGGAGUAUCCCACCAUCUCCCUGGACCGAUUUGACAGGGAGAAUCUACAUGCCAGAGCCUAUUUUCUUUCUCAUUGCCAUAAAGUUGUUACUCAUAACAGAUCACAUGAAAGGAUUGAAAGGUCCUUUGCUAAAAAGAAAACUGAAGUUCAGUUUGACAGUCAAGCUGUACUGCUCAUUCGUGACAAAAGAGCUUCUGCUUAGUAACCCAAAAUAUGGAUUCUGGGAAGAUCACAUUGUUGCGCUGGAAUUGGACAGUCCGACUCACAUAUCACUAAUAGAUGAAAUCACUGGAGAGUCGGAGGAUGUUGUUGUUACUUUGCUUCCUGCUGGACAUUGUCCAGGAUCAGUUAUGUUUCUCUUUGAGGGUUCUCAGGGUACAGUGUUGUACACUGGAGACUUUAGAUUGGCUAUUGGAGACGCAGCCAGAAUGGAGCACCUGCACUCUGGAGACAGAGUAAAGGACAUUCAGAGUGUAUAUCUGGAUACUACAUUUUUUGAUCCAAAGUACCAUCAGAUCCCUAGUAGGGAGGCUUGUUUGUCAGGUAUAAGGCAGCUGGUACGAGACUGGAUUUGUAGGAGUCCGUACCAUGUAGUUUGGUUGAACUGUAAAGCGGCGUACGGUUAUGAAUAUCUCUUCACCAACCUUGGACAGGAGUUCAAUUCACAGAUACAUGUAAAGAGCUUGGAUAUGUUCAAGAAAAUGCCUGAAAUUUUGUGCCAUAUGACUACCGACCGGGCGACGCAGAUCCACGCCUGCAGGCACCCCAAGGAUGAGAUGUUUUUCAGAGCUAACAGGUUACCCUGCGGCUCCACGGCUCCAGACGGCACUCCACUUAACAUUAUCAGCAUCAAACCCUCAACCAUAUGGUUUGGAGAACGGACCAAAAAGACUUCGGUCGUUGUCAAAAUGGGCAGCAGUUCUUACAGAGCCUGUUUUUCCUUUCAUUCUUCUUACGCAGAGGUCAAGGACUUCCUGUCUUAUAUUUGUCCUGUAAACAUCUACCCUAAUGUCAUUCCCUUGGGACAAACAGUAGAGGAUGUUGUAGAACUAUUGAAGCCGCUGUGUAGGAGCCACUCUAGAGGGGAAGAAAUUGUCUACAAGCCACUUGGAAAACUCAAAAGAACCAAAAAGUGCUGCACGUCAGAAGGCUCAGACAGUGAUGAAGACUUGUUUGCUGAGGUUACCAUGGCUCCAAGGAGGAAGAAGAUGUCAGUGACUGAUAUAACCAAGGUUGCUGUUAAUACCCAGCCUCAAAGCCCCAAUAAAGAUUCCCUCGAAAAAGACAAAAUGUAUGUCCUCCCAGAGCCCCUCCCACAUACACAGCCCUCCAAUUACAUAGACUGCACAGAGUCAAACGAUGAUGAUGAUGAUGACGAAGAUGAUGCUGAGCUUUCAAACGUCAUGGGUGAUGAACCCCCUGCAACUCACCCAUCUGGUGCUGCUCUACCUGGCACAGAAACUACAUGCCCCAUAAUGACCCCGUCCACAUCCAGUUCAAACGCACCCCAAUCUACCUCUGCUCCGCCCCGGUGGGAAAAUUUCUUCAAGGCAGACCCAGUGUUGACUGAUGAGAGCGAGCUUGAUAACAGUCAAAAUACUCAAACCUUAUCCACCGAAAACACAGCAUCUCAGUCCCCCGAGCUAUUUCAAGAUGAAGACGAUGAUGACGGCAGCAUUCACCUGACCUCCUCACAGUCCACUCAUGUAUCAGAUGUAGGUACAGAGAGCUUUAGUCAAAUAGAUACUGUUCUUGUACACGUGGAUGACAGUAAGACGACUAGCGACCAAUGUAACCAAGAGACCAAUGGGGUGUUUCAGGAUGGGAACAGCAAAUCUGGUGAGGUGGGCUCAGAUGCGAAUGAACCCAAAACAGAAACCAGGGAGCAGAAAUCAGAUUCACAGGUAUCGUCAGAUUUUGAGCUUCCACCAACACCUGGUUCUAAAGUCCCAGAGCCAGAAGACCUGAAAGACCUGUACAGGAAGUUGGCGGCAGGAGAGGAAGUAGCAAUAAGGAAGAUUUUUUAAUUUAAGUCAGCAUUAACAUUCUGUUGUACAAGAGCAUACCUCAGUGGUUUCACAUUUCAUAACCAUCAUUAUUUUUGUAACAAGUCCUGAAGCAACUAUCUUGACUAUUUGUUCUGUAAUUCUGUUUGUAAAUUCUUGUAAUUACUAUUUUUUUGCAACUUUGUUGUUGACUACAAAAUAUUUAAUCUUUGUUUUCUUACAGUGGCUAUAAUAAAAUGGAUUAUUCAACAGAAA